AUGCCAAACACUUCUCCAGCGUUAAAUGACACCGCCUCAAAGGCGCUUAUCGAACCUAACUCGGUGGCGAUGAUGAUCGAUCCCAAGAUAACGACACAACAACCCCCACCACCAAUGACGACACAAACAAAAGUUCUCCUAUGCCAAAGCGGUGGCGGGAUGGAACCCCACUCCGCCGGUGACCAAUGGAGGGAGCCAGUGGACACUGGUGGGGGAUACUGA